AUGCAUGAAGUUAUUGAAUUAUUAAAUCAAACGUCCUUACAUUCAAAUUCUUGUCAAAGCAAGAAGCUUAUGGACGACAGUAAUGGUGUCAUUCGUUUCAAUCUUUGUUUUGACUUAAUGAACGCCAUUUUAGAUUCAAAUGAAGGCUACAUAUGUAGUUACUUGGAUGAUCUGGCAAAAAACGUGAACAUUAGUGUUUUAUCUGAUUAUUUAGCAUCGAUAAAAACCUGCUUAUUCCCAAAUUUACUAGCUAUUGAACAUUUUAAGGUUCUUGUAAUUGCUUUACAUAUUCUAUUAUUUUUUGAUUUAGAUAGAGCCUUACAACUUAACCCUUACAAUAUAUAUUUGAAACAUAUAUAUAAUAAAAAUGUUGUACAUGAGGAAAUAGAUUAUUCACAGUCGCUAGAUGUAAUUUUGAAAAAAAAUUGUUGGCAAAAUCUAGAACUUGAUCCAAGAAUUUUUGCGGUCAACAAUUAUAUCAAUAUUGACUUACAAGUAUUAUUAAUAUACACAUAUUCUUCUGGUAGACUCAAUAUGUUAAUGUUACAAGUAAUUCGGAGUUUAGUUAAAUUUUGUUCUUCAACUGAUGAAGUUCACAAGCAAUAUUUUGAACAAGUUCAAAAAAUUUGUAGCGAGUCAAGUUCAAAUAAAAAUUUGUCUGAACGUAAGCUCAAAAACUUCCCCGUUUAUAAUCAAAUUAUAAACUUGAAACGGGCUUAUUCCUAUGCUGUUGAAAGAGUUAUUGAUGAAUCAAAGUUUGAAUGGUACAGAAGUAUGCUUAUAGAAUCAGAACCAAACACAAUAGUAGAUACUCUCGAAGAUUUAAGAAAAGAUUUAUGGUUUAAUGAAGUUUUACCAUUUGCUAAUGAUAGUAAAGAAAAGGUAGUAUCACUAUUAACUCCCAUGCUCGGUCAUCCUUCUGUUCAAGUGAGAGAAUACGCAGUAAACAUAUUCACUUACUUAAAUAAUCGACAUAAUUGGGAAUAUCAAGCGCCACUAUUUGUUACAGCUACUCCUUUAGUUGACGAGCAAUCUUGUGUAAAACAAUCCUCCUAUAGUUUAGCAAGCAUAGAUGAGAAUGCUGACGAAGUUUUAUUUGACGAAAACGAUAAAAUUAAACUAAUAUACAAUAAGUUGAAGCAAGAAUAUAACGGUGUGUUACCGAUUCAAGGUAGAACCAUCGUUCUGGCACCGAAAGUUAAACAUAAAAUUUAUGCCGAAGUUAAUGUAGAUUAUUAUAAUGCUACAUAUCUUGCUAAUGGUGAAAUAGCAAAGCGAGGAAAUUUUCGUGAAUUGUCCAAUUCGGUUUGUAAAAUAAAAAGUUCAGGUAUAGAUGGGCUUUUUUUCGAUUCAUGUAUGGAACGUAACACCGGAUUACCAACUGAAAAUGAUUCUUUUGAAAGAGAAAGUGCUUCGCCAUAUGUAAUUAUUUGUCGAAAAACACCUGCAUCAAUUCUAGGAGGUUCGAAAGAAUUUGAAGAAUUAUCUUUAGAGGCUAAAAAAAAUGAUCUUAAGUUGUUUAUAGAAGCGCCAAUCAGAAUAAGUUCUACUCAUUCUCAUAGAAUUUAUUCGAGCUCGAUUUUAAAAACCGUAGAUUCGCACGGAUUAACAAAGAUUGUUACCGGAACCCCAGGUAAAUAUAUUAAACAUCAUGAAACUGCAAUGCUUAACUUUAGAGAUUCCCAAGUUUGGAGACAAUAUAUUGACGAUAUCAUUCAUUGGAUCGACAAAUUCGACAUUGAUGGUGUUCGAAUUGAAAACGCAAUUCAUUUUCCUGUUUAUUUCCCCAUGAACUUGCAUGAACUCAAAAGAAGGGAGCCCGAUUACCAAAUGAGUUAUAGCGAUGAAGAAAUUUUCAAAGGUUCAGUAAUUAAAAAAGUUGUACAGGAAGAUGAUAUUAUUCGAGGAAUAUAUGAUACAAAGUACUUUCAUAAAUUCUACGCUCAUCCAAUUUAUGUAUAUUUAACGAAAGAGCUCUGGUCUGUUAAAAACGAUUUAUAUAUAUUUGCUGACUGUGGAAUAUUAAAUAAUGAUGAUUACGAUAAAGUAUCAUGUUUAGCACGAUCUGGGUUAAUACCAUUCUCGAUGAAUACCGCUACAAUUUUACCAAAAAAAAUAAACAAUGAUUAUGAUAAUGUGUCAUUGGCGGAAAAAGCGAUCGAAAAAAAUAAUAUAGAUGUACUAAUAUGCGAUAAAUUAAAACUCUCUCGAUUGAAUCAAUUAAUAGCAACACCAUUACUUUUAAUGUUACAACCGUAUGAAUCUAAAGUAUUUGGUUUGAAAUUUUUACAAUCAAGUCCAUUUUCUGAAGCUUGUGAAUUAGCCUUAUAUUUAAGUGACAUUCAGCACAUAAAAGAAUUAUCAUGGCGAUGCCAAUAUGAUAACGCAUCAACAAAUAACGCAUCAGUUUCAACAGACUCGAUGCAACUACUUAGCACUCCUGUUCCACAACAUUACAUUGAAAAUACAUUACUUACUUACAUAAAUGAACUAGAAAAUAAGCAAGCGAUUGGCGAUUUAAUAUUUUUGACAACGGAAUACGGAAGGUACUGUACUGUGGGUGGUUUAGGAGUUAUGUUAGAUGAUUUAUGUACCACUUUAACUAACAUCCAUGGUUUCAAUUUGAAAGUACUGUUACCUUAUUAUACCGUCAACACAAAAAAUGAAAGAAACUAUUUGGAUCAAUAUGAAAUGACUUAUCUUAAAGACGUGUCAGUUGUUUUAAACGGAAAAACUUAUUUUUUUAAAUUGUAUGAAUCAUUGUGCAACGGAGUGACUGUUUUAUUAGUUUACAAUGAAGAAAUAUUCCCUUGUGUCUAUCCUUCUAAUAGUGACACAGAACAGGUAUUAUUUUUGUCAGCGAUAGGGAAAGUUUUUUUACAAGUUUUGAUCGACAUUGAUUGUAUACCUAGGAUAAUUAUAUGUAAUGACUGGCCAACUGGAUUAGUGCCAGCUUACGGGAAAUUUGAUUUUUUCGGACCUACAUUCAAAAAUACUAAAUUCUGUCAUAUCUGCCAUAAUCUAGACAAGAAUUAUGAAGGCCGCAUUUAUGUUUCAAAUAAUUUUGCUUACGAAGAGAUUCACGGACUACCGAGAGAUAUUGUAAUGGAUCCUUAUUGGGACGAUAGCAUAAUAAAUCCCAGUAGAGCUGCGCUAUUAUGUACAGACAACUGGUGUACCGUUAGCCCUGGCUAUAGAGAUGAACUUUUGGGAUUAGUUCCUAAUGUUGAACCAUCUCCAUUGGCUCCGUUGUUGAAAUUGUUCAAAACUCCUUUUGCUACAUGUAACGGUAUACCAAUAGAAGCAAGAAAGAAUCAACUAAAGAGCUUAAGUAUGACGAGAGAAGAAACAAAACGAUUUUUGCAAAUGAAAUAUUUUAACAUGACAGAUCCAAAUUUGAAAAUACCUAUAUUCUCGUUUAUUGGACGUAUAACAGAGCAAAAAGGUGUUUUGAUGAUUUUGGAAUGUACGGAAAAAAUGAUAAAUCGUUAUAACAAUCAAAUACAGAUUAUAAUUGGAGGUAAAGUUAACUGGAAUGAUCCUUAUUCCGUAGCUUGUGCAAAUCUUAUGUUAUACUUAAGAGAAAAAUAUCCGAGCUCGUUUUACGCAGAGCCGGAACAUUUUUUUACAGAUGGAAAAGCUGUUAAUUUGGGUAGUGAUUUUGCCCUAAUGCCUUCAUUGUUCGAACCUGGUGGGAUUGUACAGCAUGAAUUUUUCAUUGCUGGUACACCUGUUAUUUGUUAUAACACGGGCGGUUUAUCUUGCACUGUUAGUGAGUUUUGUGAGCAAGAUUUAUCAGGAAAUGGAUUGGUUUUUAAAAACUAUACUAAUUCUGAGUUUAUGGCAGCCUGGCAAAGAGCGUUAAAUAUAUAUGAAAAUGUUUAUUUCAUGGAAGCGAUAAGAAAAAAUGCAGAAAAUAGCGUAAUUUCUUGUGAGUCAUGUGCAUAUGAAUGGGCAAAAGAAUUUCAUCGUAUAUGUGACAUGUUAUUCGUAGCACCCAACGAGAAAAGGAAAUUAGAAGAUGAAUUAAGUGAAAUAAAUCUAACGGACAAGAUCAAAGAAAUCAAUGAAAAUAUAGUUCCAAAUUAUUUAACCGAGUUUGCAGCUGGUGAUGAAUAUGGAAAAUAUUAG